AUGUGUGGACCGGACGCCGUCUCCCAAAGCCGCCGCUGGAACCAGAUCGCACACCGAAUGGGCUUUCCCACGGCCAAACACCACCUCAGUUUUACGUUAAAACACCACUACGAGAAGAUCCUUCAGCCUUAUGAUAUCUUCAAGUCAGCACAGCCGGCCGGCGAGCAGCCGACAGCUGCUGACCAGUCAGCGGUGCCCGAGGCGGGGAAGGCGUCACCGGACGACCCGGCUAAGAAGCUGGCCGGCACGCGGCGCGUGUCGCGCCCCCAGGACACCACGCUGGACCACGAUGCCGUCCAGGAGCUGGCCGACCAGGGGCCCAACAACAAGGAGCUCAAGCGGCUCCAGUUCUACGGCGCCGGGCCCAAGAUGUCCGGCUACCAGGAGAACAACAAGAGCAAACCCAGGGCCAAGAAGAUCCUGUACGACAUUGACCCGCUGGCGCGCUACGUCUGCCACAUCUGCACCAAGGGCGACUCGGAGGAGUCGAUGCUGCUCUGUGACGGCUGCGACGACAGCUACCACACGUUCUGCCUGAACCCGCCGCUGAUCGAGAUCCCCAAAGGCGACUGGCGGUGCCCGCAGUGCGUGGCUGCCGAGGUGGAGAAGCCGCAGGAGGCGUUCGGGUUCGAGCAGGCGCAGAAGGAGUACACGCUGCAGACGUUUGGCGAGAUGGCCGACCAGUUCAAAUCGGACUACUUCAACAUGCCCGUGCACAUGAUCCCGACGCAGACGGUGGAGCGCGAGUUCUGGCGGAUCGUCUCGUCGAUCGACGAGGACGUGUGUGUCGAGUACGGCGCCGAUCUGCACACCAUGGACCACGGCUCUGGCUUCCCCACCGCCCAGUCCAAGAACCUCAGCGACGCCGACCAGGAGUAUGUCCGCUCCGGCUGGAACCUGAACAACAUCGCCGUGCUGGACGACUCGAUUCUGGCGCACAUCAAGGCCAACAUCUCCGGCAUGAAGGUGCCCUGGAUGUACGUCGGCAUGUGCUUCUCCACCUUCUGCUGGCACAACGAGGACCACUGGAGCUACUCCAUCAACUACCUGCACUGGGGCGAGCCCAAGACGUGGUACGGCGUGUCAGGCCUGCGCGCGCAGCAGUUCGAGGAGGCCAUGAAGUCGGCGGCGCCGGAGCUGUUUAAGGCGCAGCCGGACCUGCUGCACCAGCUGGUGACCACCAUGAACCCCAACGUGCUGAUGGCGGCUGGUGUGCCGAUCUUCCGCACGGACCAGCACGCCGGCGAGUUUGUCGUCACCCUGCCGCGCGCCUACCACACCGGCUUCAACCAGGGGUUCAACUUCGCCGAGGCCGUCAACUUCGCGCCGCCGGACUGGCUGGCCAUCGGCCGCCAGUGCGUCACUCACUACUCGCAGCUGCGCCGCUUCUGCGUGUUCUCGCACGACGAGCUGGUGUGCAGCAUGGCGCUGGAACCGCAGCGGCUCAGUCUGCUGGUCGCCUCGGCCACAUACCAGAACAUGCUCAGCAUGAUCGACGACGAGCGCACCAGCCGCACACAGAUGCUGGAAAAGGGUGUGCGGAGGGCCGAGCGGGAGGCGUUCGAGCUUCUGCAGGACGACGAGCGCCAGUGCGACUACUGCAAGACCACCUGUUUUUUGUCGGCCAUCACGUGCCCCUGCAGCCAGCGGCUCGUCUGCCUGCGACACUACGACAAGCUGUGCCAGUGCCCGGCGGCCAACCACGUGCUCAAGUAUCGGUACACGCUCCAGGAGCUCCCGGAGAUGUUGCGCGCCCUCAAGGUGCGCGUCGAGAGCUUCGACCAGUGGAUUCUCCGUGUCAAGGAUGGGCUCGAGGCCACAGGAGAGGCCCGGCUAGGUCUGGACGAGCUGAAGGCGCUGCUGCAGGAGGCCGAGGCGAACCGGUUCCCUCAGUCGGACCUCAUCACCUCGCUGGCGCUGGUGAUCGAGGAGGCCACCAAGUGCUCCAUGGUGGCGCAGCAGCUGGCCUUAAACAAAGUCCGCACGCGGAGCGGCACGUAGCGGCGCCGACCGAUGGAUGGCGGCGGCGCGCCGGCUGAGCCGGUCUCGGCGGUGCACGCGGCUCGCGCCCCGGCCGGCCCCGCGGGCCCGGUCGGCUCUGGCCGGCCGCAGUCAGUAGCCUGUCUGUCGUGACGCCAGUGUCGCUCGAAGACGUCUUUCGUUUUACUGCCGCCGGCUGACGAAUCGCGCUGGUUUGCAUCGCGUAUAGUUUGUUGGCCUGAGCGGCGCCUGCCGGCUGCCGCUCCUAGCUGCCCCAAUGGUAGACGCCAUACCAUAUGCAUACGAAAAAACACUGGGUGCGGAACAAUGUUUUAAUUGUCCCGGAUGUUUUUGUAGUUGUCUCUUGCGUCUUCAGCUUUGUAUGUUAGCUAUGGUAGCCAAACGGAGAAAUGUUUUGAGGCAAAACCAAAACGCUAGUAUCGCUGUACACCUACAAACGGACAGACCGUUUUGGCCGUCCCGUGUAAACUUCCUUUGUAGUGUAGCUAGUGUAGAGCCGUAAGCGUUGAGCACUAAGGAGGUGAUGCUGGCUGGCUUGCAGUCGAGUGCGGCACACUAGGUCGCAGGAUUCCGCGUGCCCCCCGCCCCCGCCCUCCCUCCAGCUCCGGUUGUUGGGAGCGCGCUGCUCCGCGGUGCGUCCGUAUGUUGUGUGUGCCAGAGGCCCGGCGUGUGACGCGCCGGCGCCGCUGACGCCAAACCGGUGAGGUGGUCGGCGCACAUCUGCAUGCCUGGCCGCGCCGGUGCGGAGACCGGACCGCCUGUGGCCGACUGCUCUGGUUGCUUUGUAAUACACCUGUACGAAGUG